AUGAGGUUAUCAUUGGGUGGUCUAGUAUGGGGGGCGGUAUCUUGCGCUACGGCUGUGAGAGCUGCCUGCUCAAGUAAUCUAUUAAUUGAUAAUUAUGCAAAGUUUGCCAGUCAUACUAAUUCUCUUGGACAAUGGACAAGUGACGAUGGUACAACCACCAGUUUAAAAGCCGAUACGGCAAACAAGAAACUCACAUUCACCAGCAAGGCCAACAGUUAUUUCUACACCACUUUCGAUUGCGUGAAAGCGAAAACGGAGCAGUACAAUGCAAUCACAUUCCCAGUCAAAGGGCCUGCCGGCUCUUCAUUCAAUUUAGAGCUACAGACUAAGAGUUCAUGUACAGCGACUACUUAUAAGAGCUACUACACCACUAUAUCUGGAAUGACCGGAGCUACCCAGACUAUCACGGUACAACUGAGUGCUUUCUCUGGAGCCAACUUAGAUGCAAUUUCUGGGCUUCUGUGGGAAUCUUUCAGUAUCAAAGGUGCUUGGGAGAUCGGCCAGACGAACUUUGUUUGUGCCGGUGGUGCCGGAAGUUCAUCAAGUUCAAUCCCGAUUUCUAGUACGAUAUCCACCAAGGGCGCUGUUGUCACGAGUAUCUCUUCGACUAGUUCAAACACUUUAGCUACUACUUUGAGCACAGUCACUCCACGUGUUACCUCGAAAGUUCUGACUAGCAGCGUCAGUGCUUCGGCGCCAGCAGGAGCUUGUACGAACUUGUUGAUUGAUGACUUUGCAUCUCAAUCUCGAUUGACAUUCUUAUUCUACAAUGCCAUGCUGCAACCUUCUUCUGAUGAUGGUAGUAUGUCACCAGUAGCAGAAAGGGCGGACACUGCCACUUCAGUCAUCGUGGCUAAUAAUCAUCUCACUUUAACAUCUCGUGCUGAUGGAUCGUCUUACUGGUAUACUAUGUUUGGCUGCUUGAAAGCAACCAAUGUAUAUGGCGGAAUUGGAAUGACUAUAAAGGCCGCAAAAGGGACCACAUUAGGUAUCGAGCUGCAGACUUCGAAGACUUGUGAUUCUGGCAGCCCCACGUUAAUAGACGUCUCGUCUGCGGAUCUGGGAUGGAGCUUCGACGGAACUGAAAAAUUCUAUACCAUUCCUUUCUCCAAAUUCCCGGGCCUCGACACUGAUCAUUUGAUCUCUGUUCUAUUUUCUGGUAUUAGCAAGCCAAUCACUCUCGGCCCGAUGUCCUUCUAUUGUGGUAACACAGGAACCGCUUACCCGGUUCCCACUACUGUCCCCGUCGUUGAGCCAUCUUCUACCAUUCCGGCAACCACGGGACCUUCAGCAUAUGUAAUUGAUACCUUCGGAAAUACAGACUCUAACAACCUUGGCUUCUACCAUGGUGGAGAUGAGACCACAACCUACAAACAAUCUGGAAACAAACUUACCAUCAACACCAAGGGUAAUUCUGACCUUGGUUGGUACACUCAAGUUUCCAAUGGAUGUCUCGACUUUACACCAAACGACAAAGGUUAUCUUCACAUCGCUUUUACCGGAAGUAAUGCUUUUACCAUUGCUCUUCAGCAACACAAUCCCACUUGCAACCCCAAUAUUAGCCCAUUCCCGUUCACAUGGGAUUCUGUGGAAGCAUCGAGAUACUCCAACUCAGCGAAGACCGACAUUUAUGUACCAAUCUCCCACUUCGAAAUCGACCGCAAAUUAAGCGUUGGGUUCGCGCUCAAAGGUUUCUAUACCUCCGAUGAUACAGUCAUCUCGAAAAUGGAAAUCGUCACCUCCGUUCCAUCUGGCUUCCUGAUUCCAUCCAAGCUACCAACAGCACCUCUCAUAUUCUCCUGCACACGUCCCAACUCGUUCGCUUUCGCAAUAGUUGACGGCGAUCCAAAGCUCGCCCAAAGAGUAGUUUCCUCCAUCGCAGCAGCAGGUAUUCACGUAACUUUUUUCACCGUUGGUGCAGCUCUCCUCGACCCAUCUACGAAUCUCUCAACAGUCUAUUCCAAAAUGUUGAGUCUCGGUCAUCAAGUGGCGUAUCAUUCCUAUACGCAUCCACCCAUGGAAGGCCUGCCAAACCUCGCAUCCAUAGAUUGGGAACUCAACAAUGACAUCUCCGCAGUGUCAACCGCUCUCUCAGGUCACACAUCAACCUAUUUCCGCCCUCCAUUCGGCACAGAAGGCGCACGUGUUCGUCAGCGUCUCGCUGCGCUUAUCCCGGGCUCCAGAUUUGUCGAAUGGUCGGUUGAUGUACAGGAUUGGUUAUGGGCCCUGAGUGAUACACCUGAAAAUCAGCUUACAAAUUUCCAAAGUGACGUGGAUAAGGGAGGGAACUUAGUGGUGAUGCAUUACUUGUACGAGUCGACCGUGAACUAUCUCCCACAAUUUAUUGAGAUUGCGAAGAAAACGGGAAAGCAGUUGAUGAGGGUGGAUCAAUGUUUGGAAGACCCUAACGCGCCGCCUCUGUGA